UUGACAUCACCAUAUUUCCAUGGAUUCAGACGCCAUUUUAAUAAUUCCCGCCUUACAAAGCAUCAUGGAAGUAAAUACUGAUAAGCACUAUGGGAAAUUCAAUAUGGCGGAAGACACGUUUAGACGGCCUUGCCAAAGUGGUAAAGAUUCCUACCUUUUUGAUUUAGCCGGAGACAAUGUUAAAUGGAAAACAAUAUCUCUCACUCACGUGGAAUACCCAGAAGGAGACAUAACGGGGAAGAUCUUGGCAUGGUGUAGUCUGCUUCCUAUAUUUAUCGUAGUUGGUUUUAUUACUUUAAUCAUUUUCCGACGAGAUGUACACACGAUGACUUUCUUCGGAGGAAUUUUAGUGAAUGAACUUGUAAACAUGGUGGUGAAACACAGUUUAGCAUAUCCUAGACUAUGUGGGGGUCAUGUGUUCUCACAUUCUGGACAUGCAAUGCCAUCAGAUCAUGCUCAGUUUAUGGCUUUCUUUGCUGCGUAUUCUGUCCUGUUUAUAUAUGUAAGGCUUCUGCAUUUUUCUCAGGCAACCACAGUAUGGGAUGAUUUAAUAGACAAUGUAUGGCGGCAUAUACUAGCAGUUGGUGUAGUAUUAGCUGCUGUCGCUGUUGGAUUUAGUAGGGUAUACCUCAGAUACCACACCCCACAGCAAGUGGGUUAUGGCUUCCUGCUGGGAUGUGGAUUGGGUAUUGCUUGGUUUUUUUUCACACAGACAGUUCUCACACCAAUCUUUCCAACAAUAACAACCUGGCCUAUCUGUGAAUACCUUAUGAUCCGUGAUUCAACACUGAUCCCAUCAGUCAUGUGGUUUGAAUAUACACAGUCAAGAACAGAAAUGAAAAAACGACAGAGGAGAGGCUCACACAAUAAUUAUUUUAAGUCUCAUACUUCUUGAAAAGGGAGAUGAGAUCUCUACAAGUUUGUGCUCUAGAAAACAUUCAAGUGUUGUUUAUCUCCUCGAGAAUGAAGGGAGAUGCACGAGAUGCCUCUCUUUAUCAAUAAUUAAUAGUUAUCAAUCCUCAGGAAAUCCCAAUGAUCAAUUAAUUAAUUGUGCUUAUCUUUCCAAUUCUGUGGUACCCUGCCUGUGGAAGACACUCACUUAGUGGAGACCAAAGAAAAGACAGGGCAAGUGAGAGAAAAAAGAUGGGGGAUUCAACAAAAAAAGUCUUUUUUUUUUUUUUACCUUACCCCUUUCCAUUUUCCCUUGCCUGCUUUUAUGUUGGUCUACAUCUGACCAAGAGCCAAUUACAAGCUUUAUUAUUGUCAUAAUUAUCAUUUCUGUAGUGCAGAGUACCAAUACAGUGAGGUGUGAAUGAUUUGUUCAGUAGUAUAUACCUUCAUUUUAAUAUAGACAAAAAGAAGAGUAGAAAUUAUAUUGGUGGCCUAGGGAGGUAUUGUUCCCUUAAUUUUAAAUAGUAGAAAAUACAAAAAAUUUUUCCGAGAGAAAAAAGUUCCCAUUUUUUUUUUUAUUUUGGAAGGGGAGUGUUUAGCUCUGUAUUUCGGGGGUAGCUAGUGUAGGUUAAUCGUUUUCAUAAAGAAUUUAAAGAAAAGGGCGUAGGUGUAACCUGCAUGGUAUUGAAAAUUUUCGUAUUUCGUUACUUUUAGCCUGGGAUUUUUUGUGAUUUAGAUUUUAAUUUAAACGGAUUUUGGGUCCACUUUACAAAAAAUUGGUUUUCUUUUGGAGCAAUCCACGACUUUGUAUGGACCUCCUUGUUGCCUUAAAUUGGAAGCAUCGACCUUCUACUUUGAAGGGAAUAAGUGGUCUCCUAGAGAAAAAAUAUGUAUUUACUUUUUAUUUGCUUUGCAAAUAUGGAAUAGUUCUAUUUUUGAUGAAAAUAAGACAUACCAAACACUUGAGCCAAUAUUGUAUGUUAGUUAAGAGCUUUGGGUACUAUCAAGUUUUAUUUGAAUGGUUUUGUUGAUGUUGGUAUGUCCUGCAGCUUAAAGAUUGAAAUGAGUCGAAGUAACCUAAGUUGUAUCUUCUUGACUUCGAUUAUGCCGUGAGCGUUUAUUUUUGAGUCAUUUAUUUUUGUCAAAUGAAAAUCACAAUCAACAACCAAACAAAAAUUCUAGCAUUAAAUAUUUUAUCUUGAGAAAUUUUA